AUGGACGGCGACCAUGGCCCGUUCGACGUGCCCGACUUCUGGCGUGCAUCGGCCUCGAGUCUGUCUGACACGCCAGGUCAGACCUUGUUCACCGACACGCGUUUUGAAUUGCCCUUGAUAGACGACCACUUUGAUGCUGCCCUGCAGCUUCCAGACAUUCAUGACUUCCAAUUUGGCAAACUCGACAAGCUCGACACGCUAGAUGAGCCUGCUCCCAAGCCCACCGACACCGACACGAGUCCUGUUGUCACCAGCGAACUGGACGAUUUGUGGAAGCUCGACCUCGCUACACCCAACAAGCAACCUUCCCUACGCACAUGGGAAGCCUUUGCCCAUGAAUGCUGCACUGAGUCGCCCAUCUCGUACAUCUCCGACGCUGCUUCCUGUGCUUUCGAUGCUCUCCAGCCCGACGACACCAAUGUCUUGCAAUCCGCCUUUGCCCUGAAAUGUCUGGCUCUCCUAGGUCAGGGAAGAUCCUCUGCCUUGUACCAAUGGAAGGAAAAAGAAAACACAUUCGUGCCCACUCUCGACAAUGUGACUUUAUCAGGGUUGAGCAGCACUGCUUUUGACAGCCUGGUCCACCGACUGAUGGCUACUGGCUGUGCUUUCGUCCAUCUCAGACACUUUGUCCACACUUCGUAUGCCAAUAAACAUCCCUUGGCUGCCCGUGUUGCUCUUGCAACCACGAUACAAGCUAUGCUCGAAGCCAUGGAACAAAAUCUGUCUGAGCGCCUUUUGACUGCCACAUCUUUUCUGCGACUGCUAGCUUGCUUCCAAGUACCCGCUACUUUGCUGUUCGAAUUGAGAGACAUUGUUGCCGCCACCGCUCAUGAGACUACCGAUACGGCUUUCUUGUCUGUUUGUCAUGAGACUAUCGAUCGAUUCGCCCAUGCUUGUUCUCCUUUCCGAUCCCUCUACACUGAGGUACUGAAUCAAGUCUCUCAGCCGUGGUCUCGAGUCAUAUGUCAGAAGACUGGUCUUACACAUCACGGCUUUGCUCUGCCUUCCCAAGAUGAUAUCCUGGAGCGUAGUGCACAUAUUUUGGUUGAGGAUCGUGAUUUGAUCACAGAAAUCAUGACUGGAAUCGCCCUGCUGAGAGACUCCACAUCAGAUCAUCCUUUUCUAUCUCCUGCUUCGUGGGGAGUUGAAAGUUUGAACCUGGACUCCGCGUCUACAAGUAUGAGCAUCGACCGGGUCGUUGAAAAGGCGAAUAAGUAUCAGCGGGAUCUACUUGUCGCCAUAGCCAUGUAUAGUAGUGGUGCGCCAAAGCCGCGUGAUCCCGAGGUCAGGUCGCAGCCAUAUCAUCUCACAUCAGAGCAAUUACCAUGGAGUCUCGAUCAAGGUCAACAGACUUAUUUCGAGGACGUUGGAAGUCAAUUCUUGGAACCUCCUGCAAAGCCGACCGAUACAUCUCACAUUCGACUUCUGGUCACGAGCAUCCUUGAAGCUGACGAAACUCGAGAAAUGUCAUACCUCGACCUACGGCAUACCACGAAGACCACACUACAUCAUCUUCGACCCUACCUCCACGUACAGAAUCGACUAUUGAAUGGCACACUUUUACGCCUGCUCUUCCGCCAAUUCUCUCUUCGUGACAAUCUCACCCUGAAUCACUCUUUUCACCUCCUAGGCAACGGUCUCUUCGUCCAACAUCUCACACGAGCAUUAUUCACGUCCGAUUCCGAAGGUAGCGGAUUACGUCUGGAUAAUCGCUCCAAGCAAUGGCCACCCUUAUCUUCAGAACUGCGACUCGGUUUGAUGGGCGUGCUAUCUGAGUCUUAUGGGUCUAAAGACAUACCAGGCAGUCUCUCGUUCGCUAUCCGUGAACUCUGUGACAAAGAGAUCGAAAAGUGCAUGGAUGUUAACAGUAUCCAUGCUCUUGACUUUCUGCGCCUGCGAUAUGAGGCUGCGACACCUCUUGAUGCGGUUUUGUCAGACACCGCAAUGGCAAAGUACGACGAUUGCUUUCGUGCUUUGCUGGGAGUGCUUAGGAUGUUACAUUUUGUCACUCUCCUUCGCAAUACUGCUCAACAGGAGGAUAGUUCAUCUGCAUCACAAGCUUUUGCCCACAAUGCCUGGAGUUGUGUUUCUGGACUUUCAUCCUAUCUCCUCGACAUUGGCGUUGCUGGUCCAUGGAAGCGAUUCCAAUGUCUUCUUGACAGUGUGGAAGCAGAUCUUGCUCUCGAAGACGAGCAGGGAACGUUUGGCCAACGAGUCACAUUCGGCAUCUCUCACCUGCGAGACGAGCACAACAAAAUGCUGGACACCAUUCGCUCACGCUUGUUCCUUCGUUCUCGCCACAGCAAGCUACGCAACCUCAUCGAUGAAAUAUUCAGCCACAUUCUCAGUAGUGUUCAGAUCGAUGUUCCUGACGAAGAUGUGCUCUGGCAACAGAGGACCGAGUUGCGAGCAUUGGUCAAGCAGUUACAAAGCACUCUGCAAGAGCUCACAAGGAAAGUCGGCAAGAAAAACGAGUUGGGACCACAGGACAGGGAUGAUGUGUUUGCAGCCGAGGUCUUGAGCUUCAGACUCGGUGGUGAAUGA